AUGGCCGCCUCCACCAUGUCUGUCUGCUCUGAUGCUUGCACCAACUCCUCCUGGCAGGUGGACGACGGCCCCCCCAGCGCCUGCCAGCCCUGCUUUUGUUCCCCCGGGGGCUGCCAGCCCAGCUGCUGUGUCCCCAGCUGCUGCCAGCCCAGCUGCUGUGCCCCAGCCCCCUGUGUUACUCUUAUCUGCACCCCAGUGAGCUGUGUGUCCAGCCCCUGCUGCCAGUCUCCCUGCGCACCCUCAUGCUGCCAGCAGUCUAGCUGCCAGCCAGCUUGCUGCACCUGUUCCCCCUGCCAGCAGUCCUGCUGUAUGACUCUUUGCUGCAAGCCUGUCUGCUGCACACCCAUCUGCUCUGGGUCCUCCUCAUGCUGCCAGCAGUCUAGCUGCCAGCCCUCAUGCUGCACCUCCUCACCCUGUUCUGUGACCCUUUGCUGCAAGCCUGUCUGCUGCACACCCAUCUGCUCUGGGUCCUCCUCAUGCUGCCAGCAGUCUAGCUGCCAGCCCUCAUGCUGCACCUCCUCACCCUGUUCUCCUGUCUGCUGCAAGCCCUGCUCCAGCGUGUCCCUGCUCUGCCGGCCUGUGUGCAGACCCGCCUGCUGUGUGCCCACCUCCUCCUGCUGUGCCUCCUGCUGCCAGCCCAGCUGCUGCAAGCCCUGCUCCAGCAUGUCCCUGCUCUGCCGCCCUGCCUGCUCCUGCCCAACCUGCUGA